AUGAAGUUUUUAGCUCUUCUAAGUGGCGGAAAGGACAGUAUUUAUGCUGCACUAGAAAGUCUCAAAUAUGGGCAUGAACUUGUCUGCAUUGACCUGGAAGAAGAAGAGAAGAUAGCAGAAGAAUGAAAAGAGCAGUCAACUGAUCUUGAUUCUUAUAUGUUCCAAACAGUAGGAGUUGAGAUAGUCCCUCUCAUUGCUGAAUGAAUGCAAAAACCAUUGAUCCGCAAGCCAAUUACAGGUGGAUCUGUUAAUCAAGAAUUGUUCUAUGAUAAAGCUAAAGAAGGAGAUGAAGACGAGGUUGAAGAUCUUUAUGAAUUAAUUAAAGAAGCGAAAGAAACAUAUCAAAUUGAUGCAGUUGCCUCUGGAGCGAUUCUUAGCGAUUAUCAACGUCUUAGAGUCGAAAAUAUCUGUGACAGAUUAGGCCUUGUAUCCCUUUCUUAUUUGUGGCAGAGGGAUCAGGCAGAACUUCUUGAUGAUAUGAUAGAUAAUGAGUUAGAUGCAAGAUUUGUGAAAAUAGCUUGCAUCGGACUCAAACCCUCCUUUUUAAUGAAAUCCAUUCAGGAAAUGAGAGAUGAGCUCCAUCAGCUCAAAGACAUGUACCAAAUUAAUGUAUGUGGAGAGGGAGGAGAAUACGAGUCAAUUGUACUUGACUGCCCUUUAUUCAUUGAUCAUAAAAUAGUUGUGAAUGAGUUCAAGAUUCUUAAUAUUAGCGAAGAUGAAUAUGCACCAGUCGCUCAUGUAAUUAUUAAGCAGUUUGCACUAGCUGAAAAAGAAGAAAAAGGAGGUAAUAUUGAGCUAUAUGAUAUUGAGAAAGGUCAAGAAUGCCACUGUGCUUGGCCUCAGAUGCCAAAAGAAGAAAUAAUAUCUAUAGCUACUGAAGAGGUUGACUGUGAUCCCAUUAAGAUUUUAUCCUCUGAGAUUAAUAAUAGUUUUUCUACAUCUUUAUUAUCUUUAGACUCUUUUGAUGUAGAGAUUUGACCUGAACAAAUUGAAGACGAGAUUAACCUUCUCAUGGAGAAAUCUGAAGAAUUAUUAAAUGAGAAUGGAUUGGGAUUCAAGAAUGUAACCAAAGUUGUGAUGUAUAUAAAGAAGAUGUAUCAUUUUCCUCAUAUUAACAAAGUAUAUAAGAAGUACUUUCAAUUCAAACCUCCUACUAGAGUUUGUGUUGCUAAGUAUAUAGACCCAGCUUUCAAUAUUGUAAUUGGAUUCCAAGGAGUUUGAGAUCCUUCGAAUAUCAAGACAUUACAUGUCCAAUCAGUAUCUAGAUGGGCUCCAGCAAAUAUUGGACCUUAUAGCCAAGCCUGAGAAACUGAGUUGCUUACACAUUAUGCAGGUCAAAUAGGGCUUAAGCCUGCCAUCAUGGCCUUUACAGAUUCUUCAUCUAUCAAACAAUUGCAGCAAUGCUUUGUGAACUAUGAAAAAGUUCUUACAAGAAUGCAGAAUACAUUUGAAGAUGUAAUUCAAUGAAUUGUUUAUCUCAAGUAUGAUGGGGCUCAUAAGGAUAAAAUAAAAGAGAAAGUAAACGAGAAAUUCCCAAAUUGCCCAAUAGUCUACAUGUGUGCCAAAGAACUUCCUAGAAACGCCGAAGUUGAGCUCUCAUUAGUUACAAUGAAUAAAGACCAUGAGAGAAAUUUCUCUGUAGAAGAUCAGACAACUGAAAUCCAAGGAAUUUCUACUAACAUCCAUCACCAGCACCUUGAAGUUAAAGAUAAAUGAGAAAUUGACGUUUAUAGUUUUGACUUACCCUCUCCUGACUUCUGCUCAAUCCUGUCGUCACUAAUCCCGUCCCCAUGCACAUCUGCCUCUGGGCUUACAACCUUGACAGUAUAUUACCAAAAAGAUCUAUGUGAUAGCCCCAGAGACUUCAAAUGAAUGGUCCAUGCCUUACUUGAGGAGAGGGGUGAUAGGGCUCUUGUCAACUGUGUCCCAGUGGAAUGCUUGUGAGGCAAUGAUGUAGUUGUUUUUAAAAGGAAUUUAUUGUAG